AUGCCGGGCCGGGCCAUGCCCCCGGCCCGCCCCCGGCCCCGGGCGGGGCUGCCCCGUCCCCGCCCCGCCUGUCCCGCCGCGGUCUCGCCUCCGCCGGGCUCUGGGCGUGCUGGCGGACAGCGGCACGGCCGCUGCCGCCUCCGCUGCGGCUGCCCCGGCCCGAGCUCCGCCGCUCGGCAGCGCGGCCGCCGGCCCCGAGCCGCCGCUGUCCCGGGGCCGGGAGAGAACGCCUGGGGAUGGCCGGCCCGGGGCGCUCGGGGGGCGCUCGGGGCUCCUGUCCGAGGAGGAGGCGCGGGGGCUGCUCUGCAGGUGCUGGAGGCCGUGCGGCGCUGCACCAGCUGCGGGGUCCUGCGCAGGGACAUCAAACCAGGGAACAUCCUGCUCGACCUGGCCACCGGGCAGCUGAAACUGAUCGGCUUUGGCUGUGGCGCCUUCCUCCGAGACACAGCCUACACCCAGUUUGCAGGAACCCUGUCCUACAGCCCACCAGAAUGGAUCCACCACCAACGCUACCACGGCGAGGCAGCGAUGAUCUGGUCCCUGGGCCUCCUGCUGCACCACCUGGUCAUGGGAAAGCACCCGUUCAGGAGGGGCCAGGAGAUCAUCUGGGGGUGGAUCUUGUUCCCAUGACGGCUCUCUCAAAGUGGAUCCUCAUCUCUGGCCACGGGGGAAUACCAGAGCUGGGAAACAGCAGCAGCUCGAGAGCAUCCCGCUCUGGCAGCUGCUGAGGAGGUGGCACAUGUCCUGCUCUCCUGCUCUCCUCCAAACAGAGGAUCCAUGGGGAAGUUUAGGCCCAGCUCUGGGCACACCCAGCAUGGCCUGGGCAUGGGAACAGGGGGCAACUUCUCCAACUGACUGGUGAUUGCUGGUUUCUCUCCCCACAGUGCCAGGAUGUCAUUAAGAGGUGUUUGUCCAUGCAGCCCUUGGACAGGCCAUCCUUAGAAGAGCUUUUCCGUGAUCCUUGGGUGCAGGGUGUUCCUCUGCCCUAGAAGAUGGGAGAGAUCCACGUGCACAGUUGGAUCCAGGGGCCUGGCAGGUUGAAAUGAAGCUUGGCACAAUAUCCAUUUUCUUCUCCAUUUGUGAAACACGGAACACAGUCUGGGCAAGCUGAUGUUGCAGAGGAAAAUCUGCAAAUGUACUGGUUAUCCUGAGCCUGGAGGAUGAAGUUAAAGCCAGCCAAAAGCAAUUUCUGGAAAGUCAA